GUCCAUGUUCACAUUCUUGUAUGGAUCUUACUGGGACCCUGAACUUCCCCAAGGCUGUGAUGGCCUCUGGGAUCUGUCUGGAAAACCCCUGGAUCUCUUAAGGUCCCUGUUCUGAAGCACCUGUAGUGACUGAAUGCGGGCCAGGGAGGGGAAAUCAAACAGCACAGAGCUAGGGAAAGGUAGUCACCUACUCUGUCUCCAAGUGGUAGGGAUGAGAAGCCAGACCCAGCAAGGCUCAGUAAAGGACUCUGGGGGCUAGACGGCUUUCCCAUGUAUCCAGCCUCCCUGUCCCCUCCAGGAGGAGGAUGUGCCUGAGAAUGGUGAGAAAAUUUACAUCUGGAAGCCACUCAGAAUAAGAGUGUAGACCCAAAGCCUCAAGAGCAGUGGGCCUGCAGGGGAUGUUGUUAAGAGGCUACCAAGCCAGUGUAAGUGCCCCCGCAGGACAUGGGGCAGGGGCAUCAUUUCCUAUCUGUGGGCCAGAGACCAGAUCCAAGAAGCUCUCCUGUUCUUGUCUGGACCAGACAAAGGUGCUCUUCCUCCACUUCUAUGCCAGAGCUUGGUUGCUGUACCUAUAAUCAUUCCAGCUCCCACUGCCACGUCUCAUACCAGUUAAGAGCCCAUUGCUGCUUUGUACAGACUACUUGCCCCAUCCCUCCCAACAUGCCAACAAGGCUCACAGGUGAUGUGCAGCUGUGGCUGGAGGGAGGUCACAGGGCAGAUCAGAUCCAUCUUCACACUGAGAGGCCCCCAUCAGAACAUCCUGUUCCUAGAAGAAUGUUCACUGGCACUUCACCCACUUUUGUACCAAUCUAUAAGCAGAAACAGCAGGAAGAUUACAGACAGGAUGGAUCUUCCUAAUAGGAUUAAGCUUAGACUAUUCCGGAGAAUAUUUGGUAACCCUACUGGACCUAGGUAAGAAAGCUUCCUUUUGGUCACACAAAGCAGAGGUGGAAAGUUGCAAAAAGGUAGAACGUGGGAUCAUUUUCUCUGCCCAGAAGUAUGAGGUCUAGGAGAGGUGGGGAACUGAGAUGGCCUUCAGGAAAACAUGUUGCUUCUUUCCAGGACUAGGGUGAGAGAAAAACCCACACAGAGCCAGUAGGGUAAUCAUAAAGACUUUCUAGUGAAAAGUGAAGCUCAGUGGUUUCUAGUCUUCUCUUUAUUCUCAAGCGCUUUUUAGGCAGAGUAGAGCUUAAACAAACAGGCAACUAACUGGGAGGCAGAAGCCUUGCCUCUAACCUUCCAUCCAGGCUUUUCUCCGUUCUUGUCAGCUUAAGACACUAGUGUGCAGGAGGAGUGCUCAGCAGAGCCUGAGGGGCCGCCAAAUUUGGGUUGCAGGAGAUCAAGUAGGUGGCACCUAGCUGUCUCCAUCCGCCCAAAGGCUCCCUCUGGAGCAGGAUGGCCUGUCUUCAGGCCAUCAUUUGCUCUGCGCUCUGGCCCUCACCGUCGAGAUGUGAACAGCAGAUUCUACUUUCCAACUUAACACAACGUGGAACCACCUCUGUAAGCAGAGCUGCUGGUCCAGCAGGGUCUGCGGUGUACACAGCCCGCUGCUAGGCAACAGAACAGGGCCCGACGCGGCCCUAGUAGGGCCGGGCAAAACUACUCUGGCGUCUGAGGACUGUAUCAUGGAUGAGCUUGGGCUUCACAUGCUCCUACUCUCGCUCUUCUUCUAUGCAUUCGCUAGGCCCUCCACUUAUUCUGAAUGGUUGCUUACAAGCAGAAAGGCACCCAGACUCUGGGAAGCUACUCAUCUGUGAGUCAAAGAACCUGAAUUGGAAGCCCCGACAUUACCGUCCCAGUGAAACUUAGGACUCUUGGUUCCCGGCCUACUCUCCGCCGAGUGGCUCUGGGGGCGGGGCUCACUUCCUCCCCAGACAGCGGCUCCCUCCAGGAUGCCCGAACCCGGGCAAGCCCGGGCACCUGCAGGCCGCUCCUCCUCUAAGUAGGUCCCCUCCCGGAACAGGACCCUCCCUUGAAGGCCGCUCCGGCCCAUGCCAACUCCUACCGGGCUCCAGCAGAUGAGCGCGUCGGUGUCCGGGUCGCUCACGAGGGUCCAUAGCUUGGUUAGGAAGGCCGGGACGUUGCUGGGCCCCGCUGCACCGGGGCCCACAGCCAGAUCCAUCUCGGACGAAGCUGGCGGAGGCUGGGAUGGCGUUCUGGAAGAGUGGCUGGGGGAUGAGCUAAUGUCGUCGCUGUCCCUGCCGUCCGGGCCGCUCAGCCGUCCCCUGCGCACACACAGCAAAGCCUCGCAUGGCCGCAGCCAUCUUGCGACCGGCGCGCUCUCGUUAGGGCUGGACCUGUAUGCCCUGUGCGCAGGCGCCGUGACCUGCCCCGCCCACUUCACUGGCCCUGCCCCUUGGGGGGCCCGCCGCUCUGUACGGCUGCGCAAGAUGGGCUUCACCCCGGCUGCUCACCAAUCAGAGCCUGGUUAGGCGGGGCCUGGCUGAGGGCACACGAGGCGCGCUCGCUGCCGGAAGCGACAGUCUAUCGGUAGCCGGCGCGGCGCAGCAUGGCGGGGGCGUGGGAUAAGCCCCACAUGUCACCGGGAUCGCUGUCAGAGAAGCGGCGUUUGGAACCCGAUCAGGAGCAGCAGCCACAAGAGCCCCCACUUCUCCGCGACUCCGAUUCCAGUCUCUCUGACAGCGAGGAGAGUGUGUUUUCAGGCCUCGAAGAUUCCGGCAGUGAUACCAGUGAGGACGACAGUGAAGGAGUGGAUGGCACCGGUCGUGACAAGGACGACGACGAUAGACCGGCGGAGACCUCUGAGGAGCAGGCCCAGGCAGGCCCCCCUCGUCCAAGGACAGAGGAGAUGGGAGCACUGACCAGAGAUGAGUAUGAAGAGGACACCUCUGAUGAGGAGGACAUUCGGAACACUGUGGGCAAUGUGCCCCUGGCAUGGUACGAUGACUUCCCCCAUGUGGGUUACGACCUGGAUGGCAAACGUAUCUACAAGCCCCUGCGGACACGAGAUGAACUGGACCAGUUUCUGGACAAAAUGGAUGACCCAGAUUUCUGGCGCACUGUGCAGGACAAGAUGACAGGGCGUGACCUGCGGCUGACUGAUGAGCAGGUGGCCCUGGUACAGCGGCUUCAGAGAGGCCAUUUUGGAGAUUUGGGCUUCAACCCCUAUGAGCCAGCUGUGGAUUUCUUCAGUGGUGAUGUCAUGAUCCACCCUGUGACCAACCGCCCAGCUGACAAGCGUAGUUUCAUUCCAUCCCUAAUUGAGAAGGAGAAGGUGUCUCGAUUGGUGCAUGCCAUCAAGAUGGGUUGGAUCAAGCCUCGAAGGCCCCAAGACUCCACCCCUAGCUUCUAUGACCUGUGGGCCCAGGAGGAUCCGAAUGCUGUGUUGGGGCGCCACAAGAUGCAUGUGCCUGCACCCAAGCUGGCCUUGCCUGGCCAUGCUGAGUCUUACAACCCACCUCCCGAGUACCUGCCCACUGAGGAGGAGCGCUUGGCAUGGAUGCAGCAGGAACCUUGUGAGAGGAAGCUUAACUUCCUGCCGCAGAAGUUUCCCAGCCUGAGGACUGUGCCUGCUUAUGGCCGCUUUAUCCAGGAGCGUUUUGAGCGCUGCCUUGACUUGUAUCUGUGCCCACGGCAACGAAAGAUGAGGGUGAAUGUGGAUCCUGAAGACCUCAUCCCCAAGCUCCCUCGGCCAAGAGAUCUUCAGCCUUUCCCCGUGUGCCAGGCUCUUGUCUACAGGGGCCACAGUGACCUUGUCCGCUGCCUCAGUGUCUCCCCAGGGGGCCAGUGGCUGGCUUCAGGUUCGGACGAUGGCUCAUUGAAGCUGUGGGAGGUGGCCACUGCCCGCUGUAUGAAGACUGUGCCUGUUGGGGGUGUGGUGCGGAGCAUUGCCUGGAACCCCAAUCCCACCAUAUGCCUAGUAGCUGCAGCCACGGAUGAUGCCGUGCUGCUUCUGAACCCAGCCCUGGGAGACCGGCUGUUGGUGGGCAGCACAGACCAGCUGCUGGAUGCCUUCUCUCCACCUGAAGAGCCAACGUUGCAGCCAGCCCGCUGGCUAGAGGCCACAGAGGAAGAACGCCAGGGAGGCCUGCGACUGCGUAUCUGCCACAGCAAGCCAGUGACACAGGUGACCUGGCAUGGGCGAGGGGACUACCUGGCUGUGGUGUUGUCUAGUCCCGGACACACUCAGGUGCUGAUCCACCAGCUGAGCAGGAGACGCAGCCAGAGCCCAUUCCGCCGCAGCCAUGGACAGGUACAGUGCGUGGCUUUCCACCCCACCCGGCCCUUCCUGCUGGUGGCCUCUCAGCGCAGCGUCCGCAUUUACCACCUGCUGCGCCAGGAGCUUACCAAGAAGCUGAUGCCCAACUGCAAGUGGGUGUCUAGCCUGGCUGUGCACCCCGCAGGUGACAACAUCAUCUGUGGCAGCUAUGACAGCAAACUGGUGUGGUUUGACCUGGAUCUUUCCACCAAGCCAUACAAAGUGCUGAGGCAUCACAAGAAGGCCUUGCGGGCCGUGGCCUUCCACCCCCGAUACCCACUCUUUGCAUCCGGCUCAGAUGACGGCAGUGUUAUUGUCUGCCAUGGCAUGGUGUACAAGGCAGAGAGAAGACUGCUGGCCUGUACAUAGAGGACCUGAGGCAGGAAGCAGAGGGUCUCUAAGGAGCUGCCAGAAGCAAAGAUCGGGCUUCUCCAGAGUAAGCAUCCAUCCCAGGCCCCAGAGACAGCACAUGGUCAGAGGACCAAGGAAGAGGCAUCAUGAGAAUACUCGGGCAUUACAGGAUGGCCCGACUAUCUAAUGGUAGUGCCCAGAAUACUGGAAAUGGUUAUGCCCAUGUGUCUGCAGAGAUGUAGGGCAAACUUCAAACUGUCUGUUGGAAAUUAGGAAACACCACAAGUAGCAACUCUAAGAGAUACGAAGCCUGGAAAAUGGCUUAGUGAAUAAGGGAACUUUCCACCAAGCCCCAUGAU